UGCAAACUUUGAGUUUUGUGAAGCAAUAACUUCGGGAAUCUGAAGAAUUGUAUAGAUACUCUGUUAAAUGUUCGUAGAGAACACUUAGAGUAACUAUAGCCGGUCGGAUUGGAAGGUAUAGCAUGAAGACAAAUUUCAGUAUAUUGGAACAUCUAUGAUAUCUUCGUUGUUCAGGUCAACUGCUACUUCUGGAGAGUGAAAUCGUACCUACAUUGUCUUUGAAAUGUAAAACAUAGAACGUAAUGGGAGCUGCCAUCUUGGUUGUUUCACGUUCCAGUGAAACAGCGAAGCUUGAAGUAGAGACAUAUAAAAGAUUUUGACAAUGGUUCAAAAUUCAUUAAGUUUACAUUUUCAGUAAAUGAAAAUGACCACUACCGUUUCUGUAUGGGGUAUUCCUGUUGAUAGUUAGUACUGGCGAGUUACGAUGUUACUCACAGACGAAUUGAUAAUUUAAACAAGCAAGAGCAAUUCAAAAAGAAUUCCGAAUUUAUUGAGCGAAUCGAAUACUUACAAGACUUUUUUUAUUACUAAACGUAUUUCCCAUUCAAGAUUGAAAGAUAUUAAAAAGAAGUUGACUUACGAGCGAAAGUCAUAGCCGAAUUUAUAUGUAACUGAGAAAAGCAACAAUAUACUACCCGAUUGAAAGGAAAGAGAAGUCAAAUCCAGAAAGAUUUUGAAUAAUCGUCAUUUUUAGUUAUUUUUUUCAGGAGCAAGCAGAUUUUAGAGUUCAACACAUAUUUGUCCAUGGAAAACGGAAUUGUCGCUUUUUGCGGCACUUUCGUCCUAAUUUCGCUCGCUCUAUCAACUAUUUCUAUCUAUUCUCAUUUAAAAAAUUACAGAAAACCCGUUUUGCAGCGCUCUGUAGUAAGAAUUUUGUUAAUGAUCGUAACUUAUUCUAUUGUUUCUUUUUUGACUGUAUAUAAUGAAAGAAUUGGUGCCUUUUUUGAACCUUUCAGGGAGAUGUACGAGGCAUUCGCACUCUAUUGCUUCUUUUGUUUGUUGAUUGACUACUUAGGAGGUGAAAGAGCUGCCGUAAUCAUCUUACAUGGGCAUUUACCUCGUCCUCGUUUAUGGCCAAUGAAUCAUAUUCAGAGUGAUAUUGAUUUAAGCGAUCCUUACACUUUCCUUUCGAUCAAGCGAGGUAUUUUACAAUAUACAUGGCUAAAGCCAUUUCUCAUUAUAGCUACGCUCCUAAGCAGAGUUUUAGGAAUCUAUGAAGACGAAGAUAAGCCCGUUUAUGUCACAUCGGCUUUAUGGAUCGGCUUGCUGUACAACAUCUCUAUUACCAUCUCUCUCUAUUCCCUAACAACAUUUUGGAUUUGCUUACACGAGGAACUGACUCCAUUUCGGCCUUUCCCAAAAUUUCUCUCUGUAAAAGCCAUUAUUUUCGCUUCGUAUUGGCAGCAAACUUUAUUGUCAGUCGCCGGUUGGCUUGGUAUUUUACCAAGAAAACACGGCAUAUUUAUCUUACUGGACCAGAAUGUCCUUAUGUGCUUGGAAAUGCCUUUCUUUGCAUUAUCUCACUGGCAUGCCUUUCGCAUCAAAGAUUACAUAACGCCGUCAUGGAUAUCAUGUUCACGAAUGCCGCUUUUAAAAGCUUGGAAAGAUGUCGUUGGGUUUAAAGAUGUCUGGUGCGACAGUAUUCAAACAUUACAAGGUGAUCGAUACGUAUAUGAGAAUUUUGAACCCGCUGAAUGCCAGGUCCCGUCUAGACAUAACGCUCGAUUAAAUCGCACAACUCACGGGCUGCGUUACAGUCAAGGAGGCCAAAGAAAACUUUGGGUUUCUCGAUACGAUCAAUCGCGCGUACGUUUAAUAAAUAACAACGAUUCCCAAAACUCACCAUCAUCAAACAAGACCUAUUUUUCUAUUCCUGGACUAUAUAGUGAAUCUCAACAUUAUGAAGGAGGCAUAUGUUUCGAGAUAGACGAUGAGAUGGAAUCGUUGUAUGCUCAAGCAAAAAGUAUGCCUUUCGGUGACUAUAAUUAUCCGGUACUUCCAAUCUCGAGUACUACAGAAGCCAACUCUGUAGGAAGAAGCCUCGCAGAAACAUGAUUGAAAGCCAGCUAAAAUCUCGUAGCAAAUGAACCAAGUGUGGUACCAAUAUUUAGCCCGCCUGAUCGUUUUGAUUUCGGCAUCUGACUUUUAGAAGAUGCCACAAUUUCAUUCAAAUUGGUUUCUAACACCAAUCCACCGGAGACGAUUUCGGCAAGAAUAGCAUGAAUUUCUUGAAAUUUGAAGACCUAAGACAAAAAAGUUAGUAAUAAUUAUUUUUUUUAUGAUUCCUGUAUAAUAAAAUAAUCUCUUUAAUCUCUG